GACAAUCACAUGCAGAGCACGGGGGUACCAACAUUUCGCGACUCCGGGCUGCGAAAUUCGGAUAUAAUAAGCUUAAGCGACAAGCUACCCUCUCGUCCUCAUCAUACCUUACCCUCCAUGUCGUCGCUGUCAUUCCAAGGCCUCACUGCUGUCGUUACCGGUGCGGGAGGUGGUCUAGGCAAAGCCUACUCUCUCGCUUACGCUUCAAGAGGUGCCAACGUCGUAGUAAAUGACUUCAAUGCGGCUGCUGCUCAGAAGGUUGUUGAUGAGAUUCGCCAAGCCGGCGGCAAGGCUGUUGUAAACAACUCAUCAGUGACGGAUGGCUCUGCUGUAAUUCAAACUGCCCUAGAUAACUUCGGUGCUGUUCAUGUACUGAUCAAUAAUGCCGGAAUCUUACGAGACAAGAACUUCCGCAACAUGUCCGAUAAGGAAUGGGAUCAAAUAUACGAAGUCCACUUGAAGGGUGCGUUCUCGUGUACGAAGGCUGCCUGGCCGCAUUUCCGCAAGCAGAAGUUUGGUCGAAUUGUGAACACUACAAGUGCUGCUGGUCUCUAUGGCGCGUAUUUGCCCACAUUACCCUGCCCUCGUAGUCCUGAAAUAUUGUCUACUGCAGGCAACUUCGGACAGACCAACUACAGUGCGGCCAAGAUGGGUCUCGUCGCUUUUACCAAGACUUUAGCUCGUGAGGGUGAGAAGUACAACAUUCGUGCGACUGCUAUCGCUCCAAUGGCUGCCAGUGCCAUGACAGAGACAAUUAUGCCGCCAGAGAUGCUUGCUAACCUCAAGCCAGAGUUUGUUGCGCCGUUUGUCCUGGCAGUCACACAUCCCGAUUCGCCAUCCGACGCAUCUGGCAAAGUGUUCGAGCUUGGUGCAGGAUUCAUUGCCGAGAUCAGGUGGGAGCGAAGCAAAGGUGCUUUGUACAAGACCGAUCACACCUUCACACCGUCUGCUGUCAAACAUAAGUGGGCCGAGGUUACGGAUUUCUCAAACCCUGAACAUCCGAGGUCUCUCUCUGACUUCGACGCCCAUAGCACUCUUGAGAAGGCCACGAAGCUCCCACCUAAUACUCAGUCUCAACCGGAGGUCCGUUUUGAUGGCAAGACCGUCCUCAUUACCGGUGCAGGCCAAGGUUUAGGUAGGGCUUAUGCGCUGAUGUACGCACGUUUGGGUGCGAACGUCGUCGUCAACGAUGUCAGUGAAAAGGGAGCAAAGUCUGUCGUCGAUGAGAUCACUAAGGCUGGUGGCAAGGCUGCAGCUGCUGUCGGCUCUGUCGAAGACGGCGAGGCAUUGGUCAAGGUCGCUCUGGAGAAGUUCGGCGGUAUCCACGUCCUUGUCGCCAACGCCGGAAUCCUUAGAGACAAGUCCUUCACUGCGAUGUCCGAACAAGAGUGGGACCAGGUUAUGGCUGUUCACUUGCGUGGCACCUACAAGUGCACCAAAGCUUGCUGGCCUCACUUCAUCAAACAGAAAUAUGGACGCAUUGUCAACACCAGUUCGCAAGUCGGGAUCUAUGGCAACUUCGGCCAGGCUAACUACUCAGCUGCCAAGUCUGCUAUCAUAGGCUUCACACGUGGACUCGCAAUCGAAGGAGCGAAGUACAACAUCAAAGUGAAUGCAAUUGCGCCGUCUGCGGGUACUGCGAUGACACAAACCAUCUGGCCACCAGAGAUGGUUGAGGCAUUCAAGCCGGAUUACAUCGCACCCAUUGUUGGCUACCUCACCAGCGAGGCUAACGAAGAGACUUCUGGUUGCCUCUUCGAGAUUAUGGGUGGUUGGGCAGCUCAGACACGAUGGCAGAGGAGUGGAGGCAACGGUUUCCCCGUGAACAAACCCUUAACCCCAGAAGCCGUUCUUUCGAAGUGGAGUGUUAUCACCAACUUCGACGACGGUAGGGCCACACACCCUACCUCCACACAGGACGCUUUUGAACAAAUCGCUCAGAAUUUCGAGCACCAGGAGGACGACAGCCAGGGUCCCGGCAGCCCAUACGCCGAACCCGAAGACUCCGAGCUCGUUGCUAAGGCGAAGCAACUCGUCGAGCCGCAGUCCGAGUACAAUUAUAGUGAGCGGGAUAUCAUCCUCUACAAUCUCGGCGUUGGUGCCACAGAGAAGGAGCUGCAGUGGACGUUCGAGAAUGACGACGAGUUCUCUGCGCUGCCAACGUUCGGAGUCAUCCCGCAGUUCCAAUGCAUGUUCUCCUUCCCGUUGGACUGGCUUCCGGACUUCAACCCGGCAAAGCUACUGCAUGGUGAGCAGUAUCUGGCUAUCAAGGCCCCCGUACCUACAAGCGGGCAGCUUACUUCCGAGGCUCGCAUCAUGGAGGUCCUUGACAAGGGCAAGGCUGCGUCCGUUACGAUGGUCACCGAGACUAAGGACAAGGCAACGGGCCAAGUCAUCUUCGAGAACCAGAGUACACUCUUUAUUCGCGGCUCUGGAGGCUUUGGGGGCAAGCGGGCGGGCAAAGAUCGCGGCCCUGCGACAGCCGCAAACACGCCUCCAAAACGUAGUCCGGACGCAGUCGUCGAGGAGAAGACGCUGCCUACCCAGGCUGCACUCUACCGCCUCAGCGGUGAUAGGAACCCUCUGCAUAUCCUGCCGGAAUUUGCCGCAGUUGGAGGGUUUGAUAAGCCCAUCCUUCAUGGGUUGUGCACAUUUGGGUACGCGGGCAAGCACGUACUGAAGAGCUUCGGCCCGUAUAAAGAUAUCAAAGCCAGGUUUGCGGGCGUAGUCUACCCCGGCGAGACUCUGAUUACCGAGAUGUGGAAGGAAGGCGAAAAAGUCAUCUUCACCACAAAGGUUAAAGAACGAAACGCCCCUGUUCUCGCGGCAGCUGCUGUCACGCUUGCGGAAGGUUCACCCAAGGCGAAGCUGUGACGUGACCCAUGUGAAGCAGGAGGCACGUUCAGGUCGUGGUGACGUACUAGGCUCGUGCUCAGGCCACGAGGCCAUGAGGCCCGCCGCGCGGCUGGCACGUUGUUCCAUUUUAAUUUCGGUUGCAAUUCUAUGAUAUGUACUACAAGAGAAAUAUCUACAAAUUUGACAUGGGGUCACUAGUAGUGUGCUGCAAUACGCGUGUUUCGAAGUCGUGUGGCCAAAUGAGAUACACGAAGAAGCUAACGACUAGGCUAGUGAAAUAUAUGGCGGGUAUAGAACACAAUCGGGGAUAUAUAAAACUCUUCGUUGUGGAAGUUGGAGUACUGCUUGCUGGAACAUUAAAUUACUUGGGUGGCGUGUGACAGUGGUAGACAAUGAGUGUGAGGGACGAGCGCAAUAAUUUCAGCAGGACGAGAGCAGUUGAGAGACGCCAGGAUAAAACCAAAAGGUGACGGCGAGCAUGAUGUAAAGUGACAUGAGAAUCGCGCCUUCCAGCCAGUUUGAUCUGCCGUCUGCGACGGUGUAGUUCACAAUGAGCACUGUAAGGAAGAGCACGAUCGACUCGUAUGGGUCGAAGAGGAGCGAGAGUGGCUUGCCCAUGAUCCACCCAAGUAUGACCAUGAAUGGAAUGACGAAUAGCGCAAUUUGAAUACUGGAGCCAACUGCAACACCCAGCGAAAGGUCGAUUUUGUCUCUGACGGAGACAGUGACAGCUGUGACGUGCUCCGCAGCGUUGCCCACUAUGGGAAGGAGGAUGAGACUGACAAACUCCUUGCUGAUAUGUCCUGUGCUCGUCAGGCCAUCUAUCGAGCUGACGAGGAACUCAGCAGUCACAGCAACGAUCACAGUAGUGACAGCGAGCAUGCCAAUGGUCAUGGGCAAACUCAGUGUAGGCUCUUCAACUUCACCUUCCUCCUCUAGUCCCGCUGUCGGCUGGUGCUGUAGCGCGGCUGUUGACUCCUCUGCAGAAACUGUGUGUCCGUCGUGCGAACCAACAUGUAAGGAAGGCGCGCCGUUGGCUUGCGCGCCCGUGCUGGUCGGCACCUCAGCGAUACUGCCCAUCUCCACGUCUUUCGGACUCUGAACCUGGGGAGGUUCGAUGUGCCUCCUCCUGUUCAGAAAAUUGCGACCUGUGUACUUGGUUGACUUGAAAUUCUCAGGGUUGUCGUCACGGUAGAGGUCCUUGUGCGAGAAUAACUGAAAAACGAGAUAGCUGCCGUAGAUGAAGAGUAGAAUGAUCGCAGCUCCGUGGCUGACCGCGAGAAUGUCUUUGUCCUCGAUAGGGUCGGGAAUAUCUGCACCCGCGGCCAAGUGGAAUGCAGCGGGUAACAAAACUGCAAUUACGGAUAUGGUCAACAAAGAGGAAUUCAGCUGCGUGGCGCUAACGCCGAAACCCUGUUCAGAGAAGCGCGUUCCUCCUGCGAAGAAGCACAUUCCAAGGACAAGCAGAAGGUUGCUUAGGAUUGAACCGACGAGCGACGAUUGGACAAUUUGGAGCUGGCACUGCGCUAGAGCGAUGAUAGCUACAAUCAGUUCCACAGCAUUUCCCAACGUGGCAUUGAGAAGGCCGGCUAAUGUCUGACCAACGCGACAUGAGAGCUCGUCGGUAGCAAAUGCUAACAUCUUCGCAAGAGGGACGAUUGACAAGAACGAAAAGACGAAUAUUAUGGUAUCCUGAGUGCUGGUUGUAUUGUGUUGCCAUAUGAAAUGCAACGCCCAAGACACGGGUAUGCAUAGAAGGAGAAUGUUGAGGUAAGACAUGCAUAUUAUGGCUUUGAUGCCCUGGGCGAUGUUUCUGGCACGUGGAUGGCCAACGGGCUUUGCAGGCUUCAUGUUCUGUUCAAGUACGGUCGACAUGCGCCUGAGCAUAUUGCGGAAAUUCAAUCGUGGCCUGGUCUGGGCUGUAUUGGCUGGGUCCGCUGAGCGCAGGGCGGGUGAGGAGGCGGGCGAGUCUUGGUCUACGGUAGCGUAACGCGACUGCGACUGGCGUCGGUUUAAGUUGAAUGCCUGCGUCUGCGUAGUCGCUGAGUGUAGGUCAUUAUCUCUGACCUUCGGAGUAUUCAUUAGAGGGAAGAACCGUAGGCUGAGGCAGUAGCAACUCGGGCAGUUCUCAGGAAUGGGAGUGAAAGGAACCAAG